AUGGCGGCUUCUUUUGAAAAAUCGGUGAAGGCAUGUGUUAAGCUCCGUGUCUGGCGUUGUUUGAUUUACUGGCGGCUUGAGGGGGAGUGUUGGUGGAAUCAGGUCGAGAUGGACGGCGGGAGGAUUGGAGUAAUGCAGGACUGCUUCUGACUGAAGUUAAUAGGGUGCCACCAAAGUCAAGCUUGCGGCUCCAAAAUCGAAAUAUGUUGAACACAUCCUUAUCGCGACUCAUGCUGGAGAAGCCGGAAUUGCUGAAGUCUUUCGGGCGCUAAAUAACAGAGUUAAGGACCAAACAUGGACGGUCAGUCUCUCGUGCCCACCAGAUGGCAUCCUCAUGCUAACUCGCUCUCUACAUAGAUUGUUUUCAAGUCGCUCAUCAUCGUUCAUCUGAUGAUGCGUGAAGGGGAACGAGAAGUAACCCUCCGCUAUCUUCGCAAGCACCCCCGAUUAAUAACCGUCAGUCAUUACUCGGAUGGUGAGAAUAUGCCCCAAUCGAUCUACAGUCUUGCAGUAUUGGAUACCGGAGAUCCUAACUAUUUUGCGCGUUGUAGCCCAGGAACAAGGGAGAAACAUCCGUCACUACUCACAGUACUUGUUGGAGAGAGCUAGAACUUAUGGGGAUGUGAGGACGGACUAUGUUCGCAGUGGCGAAGGAAGACUUAGGAAGUUGAGCAUUGAGAAAGGGCUUUUGAGAGAGGUCGAGUGUGUCCAAACUCAAAUUAGGGCACUAUUGAAGUGUACGGUAGGAUUAUUACCUCUCUAUGCUGUAUUUUUUGCUGAGUCACCUGUUCCUCCCGGUGGUGUUUGGUGGGCUGACAAGGCGAUCCUGUACAGUUUCUUGAUGAUGAUGUCGAUAAUGAAAUUUCCCUUCUAGCCUUCCGAUUGUUGGUUAUGGAUCUUUUGGUUCUGUUCCAUGUCGUGAAUGAAGGCGUCAUCAAUGUUCUUGGUGCGCUUUCCUUUCAAAUCUCCCUUAGACAUCUUCUUAACUAAUAUGCUGCUAGAACAUUAUUUCGAAAUGUCGCGUUAUGACGCCGAAAGGGCCUUAGAGAUUUACAAGACAUUCACAAAACAAACAGCUGACGUUGUCGAAUAUCUGCAACAAGCCAGAGGGGUAGAAACGGCGACCCGCCUCCAGAUCCCCAACUUGAAGCAUGCACCAACCAGCCUCACAUCCUCGUUGGAAGAAUAUCUUCAUGAUCCAGAUUUCGAUGUCAAUAGACGGCAGUAUCUCGCUCAGCAAGAAGCCAAGAAGAGCGGGAAACCUGUACCUGCUGCGAAGCCAAAAUCACCACCACCUGGACAACAAUCCAAAACAUCGGCAGCGCAACGCUUCCCAAGCCCCACUCCUGCUAACCCAGCGCCCGAGCAAGCCCAACCGAAACCUGUUGCCCCAGAUCUCAUUGAUUUCUUUGAGUCAAUUGAGUCGGAGCAGACUCACAUGUUUGGCAAUCAGCCCGCUAAUGGACAGCAAAUACAGAUGCCUCCAGCCCAGAACCAAUUUGCUCAACAAGCCCAGGUAGACGCUGCAUUUGGUAUUCAAGUGCAGCAGCAGCAGUCUGCGCCCCAACAACCCUUUGCGCCACCUCCGCAACAGUUCCCCACACAAACAGGAUCCGCGUUUGGAACUAGUUACCAAGCACAGAACCCCUACAACCAAGUCACCCAGCAACAAUCUCUUCCCCUAGUUAUUCGGGCGAGCGACCUGCCGACCAUUCAGCAACAGCCUCAACAUAUGCAGCCGAGUUUUACCGGAGCAGGUUUUGGAGGCUAUACUCCAUCGGAUCAAAAUGCUGUUACUGCCCCCCUAAUGCCCACAAUCCCGCCCCGAUUCACCCAACCCAUCCAGCAGCCCAUCCAACAACCCGCCCAACAGCCCGUCCAACAACCCAACUACCAGCAGGCCCAGCAACAGCCUCAGCAGCAGCAGCAGCAGCAGCAGCAGCAGUCUCUCUCCCCUGCCGUUAGUUUGUCCACUGGUGCGACAGAUACUAAUCCAUUCCGGCAAUCAAUGAUGAUGACCGGGUCUGUCUCAACAGCUCCAUCUCUCUACGCAACAUCACCCCCCGUGGCCACGCAGCCCAAAUCUACAAACCCGUUUGCGAGACAAGCGUCGCCCACCAAUUUGUCUCCGACUUCUCCCCCAUCUGCGUAUCCUAUUUCAACGCAGUCUACAUCUGCAUACCCUCAAGCAAUGCCAAUAUCGGCACAACCCACAGUACGCUCAAUGCCCACAGGAACUAAUCCCUUUGCAAGAAGUGUGUCGAGUGCUGGAACCGGAUUGACAGUGCCUGUCAACGCAACGGGUGCAAGUGUGACAAACCCCUUCAGGCAGAGUAUAAUGGCCCAGCAACAGCAGAACGGUGCAGCCCAGGGGACAAUGGGUGCGUGGGAAGAACCUAGAAACUCUACCAGUUUUCCCCAGGAAUGAUGGAACCAAUGGCGCGGGUACAAGCCAACAGCAGCAGCAGGGGGAAACUGGGUUGUGACGGAAGCAAGUCCAAGUAGUAGAAGACGACACCAUGUUUUCGGUGAAAGACGUGGCCCCUCAAUUAGCUGCGUGCGUGUGCGCACUCAUUUGGCGAUUAUGGCGGAUUUGUUUUGUUUCUUUCACGGUGCUAAGUGGUAGCUAGCCGGCUGGUUGCCGGAGGAUAGGGGUGGUGGCUCUUUUAUUUAUUUCUUGUAUCUUGAGCUUUCCGUUCUUAGCUCGGCUGGUGGAUGCGACGCUUUUUUCUGGGGGGGAAAAAGCUGGGUCUUUUUUUGAAAGUACAUUUUAUCUUUUCUCUCUCCCUUUUAUACUUCACUUAGCUUAUGAGUAAAUGCCUUUAAUUCUCAUCCCCUUUGGCUCGUGGGUCCCUUCGAAACGGCCGAUAUCCCAGGGCUCGGACUAUUCUUGUUUCUAUUUCGCUUCUCUCCUUCACUUCAUUCUCUUUUCUAGCUUUUAUCAAGCGCCUGUUGUUUUCAUCCCAAGGCUGGAAAUUGUAGAUAAUCGGGGUAGAAAUGGAUUCGAGGGGUAAUUGAAGUGAUGUGGAUGAUCGGAUGGAACGGGAAUGGUCUGGUAUGGGAAGGAGGAAAUUCGAGGGUGGGCUGGGGGUUAGAUAGGACCUUGUGAAUAUAGCGAAGCUGAAUAUAAUAUUACUCGUCAC